GAGGCUCCUCCUUGCCUUUUUACUUUUCAUGUCUUUUGACAGUCUGCCCAACAUAACCAACAUCUUCAACAUGGGCGACAUCAUGAACCGAACAGACCUGAAGAAGUUGGUCCCCCAACCCAAGCCCUACAAGAAGGGCCCCUACACAGUCGAGGCCAAGGGCUACGAGAAGAAGGACGGCGAGACCAUCCCUCGUGUACACCCGGCAGCAAAGGACGGUCUCAUCAGCACUCCCGCACCCGACAUCAAGACCAUCUACGAUGUUCUUCGCAGCAGCUCAAAGAAGUUCGGAAACGCAAAGGCGCUCGGAUACCGUACUUUGAUCAAGGUUCACGAAGAGGUCAAGCAGAUCAAGAAGGUCGUUGACGGCAAGGAGACUACCGUCGACAAGAAAUGGCAAUUCUCCGAGCUCAGCGCCUACACAUACAUCAGCUUCGUCGAGUAUGAGCAGCUCUGUUUCAAGGUCGCCUCUGGUUACCGCGCUCUUGGCAUGAACAAGGGCGACCGCGUCCACAUCUUUGCUUCUACCAGUCCAUGGUGGCUCGCUACUGCUCACGCCGCCUCCACACAGUCGAUGCCCAUCGUCACCGCCUACGACACUCUCGGCGAAGAGGGUCUGAUGCACUCUCUCAAGCAAACCCACGCCAAGCUCAUUUUCCUCGACCCUCAUCUCCUUACCAAGCUCAUCAACCCUCUCAAGGAGACCAAGGACAUCCAAUUCGUUGUCUACAACAGCCAGAUGGAAGUUAAGAAGGAGGACAUUGAGAAGCUCAAGGAGGCUCACCCUCACCUUACCAUCCUCAGCUUCGACGAGCUCACCAAGAAGGGUGAGGAGAACAUGGUCGACCCUGUUCCUCCCCAGCCUGAGGACCUUUGCUGUAUCAUGUACACUUCCGGCUCUACCGGAACUCCCAAGGGUGUUCUCCUCAAGCACAAGAACGUCAUUGCCGCUAUUGCCGGUGUUGAUGUGAUUGUCGGCCCCUACCUCGGACCCGGUGACGGUCUCCUUACCUACCUCCCCCUCGCUCACAUUCUCGAAUUCGUCUUCGAGUCCGCCUGUCUUUACUGGGGUGGUACCAUGGGUUACGGAAACCCCAGAACCAUCUCCGACGCUUCGGUCCGCAACUGCGCUGGUGAUAUUCGCGAAUUCAAGCCGUCAAUUCUGGUCGGUGUUCCCGCUGUCUGGGAGACUGUCAAGAAGGGUAUUGUCGGAAAGGUCGACAAGACUGGUGGUGUUGCCAAGCAGCUCUUCUGGGCCGGUAUGGCCGCAAAGAGCACCAUGAUGAACCACUCUGCCCUGCCUUUCACUGGUCUCGGCACCAGCGUUAUGGACUCUGUUGUCUUCAGCAAGAUCAAGGAGGCUACCGGUGGCAGACUGAGAAUUUGCUUGAACGGUGGUGGUCCCGUCGCAAAGGACACUCAGCGCUUCAUUUCCAUGGCCAUUGCUCCCAUGAUCAGUGGUUACGGUUUGACCGAGACUUCUGCUAUGGGUGCUCUCAUGGACCCCCUUGCCUGGACCGACGAGGCACUUGGUGGUCUGCCUGCUUCAAUCGAGGUCAAGCUUGUCGACUUCCCCGAUGCUGGCUACUACUCCACCAACAGCCCUCCUCAGGGUGAAAUCUGGAUUCGUGGUGACUCCGUUACUGACGGCUAUCUCGAUCUGGAGAAGGAGAACAAGGAGUCGCUCGAGGACGGCUGGUUCAAGAGUGGUGAUAUUGGUGAGUUCGACAAGAACGGUAACCUCAAGAUUAUCGACCGCAAGAAGAACUUGGUCAAGACCCAGAACGGCGAGUACAUUGCUCUUGAGAAGCUUGAGUCCAUCUACCGCGCCAGCAACGUUGUUGCAAACAUCUGCGUCUACGCAGACCAGAGCAAGAACAAGCCCAUCGCUAUCAUCGUUCCCGCCGAACCCGCUCUCAAGUCAUUGGCUUCCGAGAGUGGCUGCCAAGCUGGUGACCUCGAGGACAUGUGCCACGACAAAAAGCUCAACGAGGCUGUCCUGAAGAACCUUCAAGCCGCCGGUAAGAAGGGUGGUCUGGCCGGUAUUGAGAUCAUCGAGGGUGUCGUCCUCGCUCCCGAUGAGUGGACUCCUCAAAACCAGCUCGUCACUUCAGCACAGAAGCUGAACCGCAAGAACAUUCUCGAGAAGUACAAGAAGGAGGUCGACCAAGCCUACAGCUCGUAAGGACUCGAGUUCGCAUGUAUUCUGGAUUCCUCUGUCUCCUUCUUUUUUCGCGUUAUGAUUUUCAAUGAUGCCGGCGCAGGGUUUAUCUCCUCGAGCAACUGGGCGAUUUUGACAUUUUCUGUUUUUCUUCUUAUCAUGAUUAGGCAGGCACAUAAUUAUACCCGACUCUUGACUUUUCACACUCGCCUUCCCCUUCAGCUUUACCGGGUAUUUUCACAGCCGUU